CCCCCGGCCCAGCUAAUCACCUUGAUUAUCUACCAAGUUCAACUUCAACCAUACCAUCGGUUAAAUUUUUCAAACAACCCACCCCGAAUCAUGUUUCAAAGUUAAACACACUUUUCCUGGAAAAAGACAGUCCCAAUCACCCCUCUGUCUAAGACAAGCCCCCCUCCCCCAUGCCGGCCGACGAGUAUUCGACGCCCGGCGGAGGCGGUAAGCUCAAGCUGAAGGGCUCCAAGAUCGCCGAUGGCCGCGUAGAGAAGAAGAAAAAGAAGAAGAAGCAAAAGGAAAACGAGACCAAAAAAGCCUCUCCCGAAGCGGACGCAGAGCAGCAGCAGCAGCAGCAACCAGACGAAAAUGAAACCACCACCACCACGCCAAGAGAUACGUCUCGUGCCCCCGAUGAAGCUGAUCAUCCCGAGGAAUCAUCACCGGACGUUGACUCGGCUGGCAAGACCGAGGCGGAGAGAAGGCAUGAGGAGAUGAGGAAGAGGAGGCUGCAAGAACGCCUGAAACGGGAAGGGGUCAAAACGCACAAGGAGCGCGUGGAGGAGCUCAACAAGUACCUCAGUCGAUUGAGUGAACACCACGAUAUGCCCAAGAUUGGACCCGGUUGA